AAGUUUGAAAUCACGAUGAAGCUCUUUGGUUUACUUCUAGGUCUUCUCCCACUCGUGCUUGCUGCUCCCGCUAAACGAGAUGGUGCGCCCACAGUUGCCAUUCCAACUCCUGCUGCUACCAUUAUUGGAUCAAGUUCGGGAUUGGUGGACAGUUUCAAGGGCAUACCGUUCGCUCAGCCUCCAACGGGAACUCUGCGUCUGAAGCCGCCACAGUCCCUCACGUCACUUGGAACCGUCACGGCUACAAGUACACCCACGGCAUGUCCGCAGCUCUACUUUAGCGAUAAUGUUACGAGCGACUUCCCAACUGGGGUUCUCGGAGUUCUUUUGAACACCCCUUUAUUCCAGACUAUAACCACUGCUGGUGAAGACUGUCUUACAGUCAAUGUUUUCCGGCCAUCUGGAACUACAGAUUCCUCAAACUUGCCAGUAUUGUUUUGGAUCUUCGGUGGUGGCUUCGAACUUGGAAGUACUCAAACGUAUGAUGGGUCAAUAUUGGUUUCAGAUUCAAUAACCGAGGGAAAGCCUAUUGUAUUCGUAGCUGUGAACUACCGAGUUGGUGGAUUUGGAUUCCUUGGAGGCUCUGAAAUAUUGGCGGAUGGUUCGUCAAACUUGGGAUUGCUAGAUCAAAGAUUGGGUCUGCAAUGGGUUCAAGACAACAUUGCCAGCUUUGGCGGAGAUCCAACCAAAGUGACAAUUUGGGGCGAAUCAGCUGGAUCAAUAUCCGUGCUGGAUCAGAUGGUUUUGUACGAUGGAGACAAUACGUACAAGGGCAAGCCUCUUUUCAGAGCAGGAAUCAUGGAUUCCGGCAGCAUUAUUCCCGCAGAUCCAGUUGAUUGUCCAAAGGCACAAAAUGUAUAUGAUACAGUUGUGGAUGUCGCUGGAUGCUCAGGAGCAAGUUCAACUUUAGACUGCCUUCGAGGUUUGGACUACGAAACCUUUCUGGGAGCGACGAACUCCGUACCUGGCAUACUUUCUUACACCUCUAUUGAUCUAUCUUACCUGCCUCGCCCUGAUGGAAAGGUUUUCACAGUAUCCCCUGACGUAUCGAUUACAGAGGGGAACUAUGCUAAAGUUCCCUUUAUCAUUGGAGAUCAAGAAGACGAAGGGACCCUUUUCGCCCUUUUCCAACCAAAUAUAAGCACCACGGCAGAACUCAUCGAUUAUUUAUCGACUGUGUACUUCCAAGAUGCAACGACCGAAACGAUCACGGCCCUUGUUGCCACUUAUCCCGAUGAUCCGUCAGAUGGAUCGCCAUUUGGAACAGGUAUCCUCAACGAGUGGUAUCCUCAGUUCAAACGCCUUGCUGCAAUUCUGGGAGAUCUGACGUUUACGUUAUCUCGCCGUGCCGUCUUAAACAUCGUGUCCAGUGAAGUCCCAACCUGGUCCUAUUUAGCAUCGUACGACUAUGGUACGCCUGUGCUAGGAUCCUUCCACGCGGGAGACAUUCUCCAGGUGUUCUACGGGAUACUUCCCAAUUAUGCCUCAGCUUCGAUCCAUAAUUACUACUUCUCGUUUGUUUACACGAUGGAUCCAAACAAUGGAUCAAGCUAUGAGGAGUGGCCUCAGUGGAGCGAUGACAAACAGCUAAUGCACUUCAAUUCUGCGGAUGCGGCAUUGUUGACUGAUGACUUCCGAUCUGAAAACUAUGAUUGGCUUGUUGAUAACAUUGCAAGUCUUUAUGUAUAA